AUGUUCAAUCUUCCUAAACAUAAUGGUUUAGAAAGAAAUAGUUUAACUCUAAAUAUAGACAGAUAAAAGUUGCAGUUUUUUCUGUCACAAAGAUUGCCGACCUUGCUGCGCGGUUGAGAAGUUGAAGUCCUAAAUUUAGUACCACGUUGGAUUUUCCGAAUUAUUGUUAUUAUUUUAUAAUCAGAAAAGGAGAGUUAAGAGGGUGAUACUGGAAAUUGAGCAGUUCCAAGCAGUUAUAGUCGACGAAAAUUAAGCAAAAUAUUUUGCCUGGAGUUCGUGACUAUUCAACAUCUGUGAUUCUCUAAAGGUUUUAAAUUUGGAAGGAAACAAAGACUGCACAGUCACUGCUUCAGAGUGUGUAGAGUUCACUGGAGUUGAUUCUGAAAAAGAGAAGACAGAUCGAUAGAUGGUGUCUUUGUCACUCUCUGGAUUUUGAGCCUUUCCGAAAAUCAUUUAUCUGUUUGUCUUUUGGAUUAGGAUUAUACACCUCUCUGAUUGUACGUGAAGUUCCUAGUACAGAGAUUAAGUGACAAUAUAAGAGUUAUGGAUAUUUCUCACUAUACAAGGAUUGUCUUUGACAAAAUUCAUAAAUUUGAGCCAGAGCAUGCUAGAAAGAUAAUCGGUUAUCUCCUUCUACAAGACCAUGGAGAACUAGAAAUGGCAAAAUGGGCUUCGUACCCUGACUGUUACAUCCGUGAAGUGGCAUUUCAGGCCAAAAGGGAGCUUCUCAGAUUGUCUGCGAAACCAGAUAUCCUUCCAAUUUCACAUAUGGUCAACCCUCAACAAGGUUAUGGCCAUUUAGCAAUAAUGUCUCCUAGAACUCCUACUACACCAAACUUUCAGGUUCCCCCUCUCUAUUGGGAUCCACAACCUGCUGGCAAUAUCAAUCAAGACUUUAUGGCAAUGAAUUACAUGGAUUCUGUCAUUGAGCUUCAGAAGCAGACACAAUUGUGCAGUUUGGAGAAUCGUAUAGAUGCUGUAAAGACUGGGACUGUAGGGGUUGCCAACGAUUACUAUAGAGAUGCUUCUGCUGCCAAUUUGGGUGGCAAAGCUGGGAAAAGGUUUUCUGAAUAUCCAAUGAAAGUUUGUCACUAUUUCAACAAAGGAUUCUGCAAACAUGGAAAUAACUGCAGAUUCUACCAUGGGCAAGUUGCCCCUGAGAAUUUAUCUCAGAUGUAUGGAAGUGAUGCUAGUGGUGAGGAUCAGGUGAUUUCCCCAGGGUCACUGGCACAGCUAGAGAAAGAAAUUAUUGAGCUUCUAAGAUCAAGGGAUGAUGCAAUAUCGAUUGCUUCUCUGCCAAUGGCGUACUAUGAUAGAUAUAAGAAGGUACUGCAAGCAGAUGGUUAUUUAACUGAGAGCCAAAGACACGGUAAGUCUGGCUAUAGUUUGACAAAGCUUCUUGCGCGACUGAAAAAUAGUAUUCGGCUAAUAGUGAGACCUCAUGGGCAGCAUUCAGUGACUCUGGCAGAAGAUGCUCCCACACAAAUGAAGAAGGGAGAGUUUCCUCGAAAUAUCAGUGCUUCACGACAGAUAUAUCUGACAUUUCCGGCUGACAGCACUUUCACAGAGGAUGAUGUCUCAAACUACUUCAACACAUUUGGGCCUGUUGCAGAUGUUAGAAUUCCAAACCAGCAGAGAAGGAUGUUUGGAUUUGUGACAUUUGCUCAUUCAGAAACUGUCAAAACUGUUUUGGAUAAAGGGAAUCCUCAUUGUGUUCGGGGUUCUCGGGUUCUUGUGAAACCUUACCGGGAGAAAGCAAAGAUUAAUGAAAGGAAGUUCACAGAUAGACUUGAGCACACGUUUUGUUAUUCACCACACUGUGUAGAUACAGAUUCUGAACUUAACUCAACUCCAAGAAGUUUGGGGAACCAUAAAUCUUUUAGGAGGCAGCUGCAAGAGCAAGAACAGGCCCUGGAACAUGAGAGGAGAAGCCUUGCACAACUGCAGUUUUCCUCAAAACCUUUAUCCAGCUCACCUCAUUUUGGUUUCUCCUUGGAUGAGACAAGAGUUUCAGAUGAUCACUUCAAUCUUCAGCCACCAGAAGAAUCUUUCCGUUUUCCACUGCAUGCCAAAUCCAUACAUACAGACGACAAUUUCUCUGAUGAGGAAAGGUAUGCAUUCAUUUCACUUUUCUAUUACAUUCUACUGCCUGCUUGUUUUUUAAUACAUUGAGGUUUAAUUUUACUCUAUGGUCAAUGUCAAUUUUGGUAUCCUAAUAAUUUGUUGCUUGAAUUUAACCAGGUAUGCAUCCAUUUCUAACAUAGCUUUUGUUUUGUGAAGUAGAAAAUGAGACUUGAUACAAUUUAUGUGUAGAUGACAUUAUUUGUUUGCAAAAAUGCAGUUUGGCUGCAACCACAUCUCCUGAAAUAUUUUGUUGACUAAGGAUCAUAUAAUUUAUGUUUUCAAUUCUAUCCAGCUAUCAAGGCCUCAACCUCCCAGACAGUCCAUUCGCGUUUCCAAUAGAUAGUGAGAUGUAAACAAAUCAUAGUUUCAGAUACAUAUACAAGAAAUAUAGAGUUCAAAUAGAUCAAGGCCCGAGGUAUCAGCUUUCUUUUGAUACACAAGACAAUUCUUGUGUUAAACUAUUUUCUCAACCAGUGCAGCAAUUUAGUCAAAAUUCCAGAUAGUGCAUACAUGCUGAAGAAGAGACAUUGGAAGGAGUUCCUCUUAACAAUUGAAAUUGGUGGCAUUAACAAAAAGUUAAAUGAUACAUGUAAGAAGGUUAUAGCUUUUAAUUACAACAGACAGGAGGCAGGUGGCAGAAGCAUUGAAUUUUAGAACAUAUAGUUAUAGUUAUAUUUUGUUUGAUGAAGUCAUUAGUGGAUGAAAAGAACUAAUAUUUUGUUGUCCACAGUUUUUCUUAGCUUAAGAACCUUAGAAUCUGUCUAUGACUAAGGGAUGUAUUGACUGUGAACAACUUCAAUAAAGUUUUUUAUCCCUCAUGU